GAGGAACCCUGGGGACCGCUCAACUGAGAUCACCAUGGCUCCCUUCAAAUUCGGUCUUGAGGACCCUGAUGACAGCGCAAUGACCAUUGAUUUCGAUCUCGAUGAUUCUCCGGACGCGACUUUACCCCGGGCCCCCAUCAAGGCAGGCAGUUUGAAGACGUGGCAGAAACGACGGACGCUGAAGGCCAUUGUGCAUCCGUUGCUUGCUGAGGGCGUAGCGUGGAUUGAUACAAAUGGAAAGGAAACUACGGACGUGCGGAUCACUGAGCAGGAGACGAGGGUAUACGGGACUGGGCUACCUGGAUUGGGGAUGGAUCCGGACGUUGCGAAGUACAUCCUACAAUUCGCCCACAUUUUCGCCGAUAUACAAAAGGAGUUCACUCAGGAUUUCGCACAUCUUCCGUCCUUCUCAACACCCAAUACACCCGCACAUACCUCCCGCGUGUCGAUCCCGCGCUUCUCCAGACUUUACCGCGAUACCCUUUUUGCCAUGGGAAAACGCCUCGCACAAGGAUCACCGGCCAGCGAACUGGCUCUUGAUUGUCGCUCCAUCUGGCUGCUCUUCGAAGCGGUGUACUUCCCUGAGAAUGGCGGCGUGGCAGAGAGUCUGAUGAACUGGCUAAACUCGUACGAUCCGAAACCGGCGACCGAAGAUGGACAGGAUAUCAUGACAUACCGACCACCCGCCGCGCACCCCGAGUUCUGGAAUUACAUCUAUACGGCGACGACUAGGGGGUUGUUCUCGCAAGCAGCUGAGUGUUUGAGCUAUGGUGGGUUGGCGCAACAAGAUCCAAGCGGACAGAAGGCGGCGGAUGCGGUAUCGGAGUUGUUGCGUGACGCCCCUCGACGCACGGGGAAGGGCGCACAGGAUCAGAGAGAGUUCGACGGGAAAUGGAGAGCGUGGCGCGGACGUGUGAUUAACACCACUACAGCCAUUCAGAAACAGGUCACGAAUCAAAACGUGUCUGCUGCUUUCCGUCAGUUGAUGGAGUUGUUAAAGGGUGACAAAGAUGCCAUCUUUAGUGUCGCCGAGACCCUUCCGGAGGCGGUUUGUGCACUUGCGCUGUUGUAUGAUCCGGUUAAGACUGCGACGUCGGAUCAAGUCAAGAGGUUUUGGGAGAUGGCGAAUGUUGAGGGGUUCAGUAUCGAUUCUACCCUAGACAGCGAAGUCAUCUUUGACAAGGUAUGUCAAGGCGACGUUUACGGCGCACUCGUUAAAUGCCACGUCCUUGGAGCCGAGCUGGGAUUGUCGGCACAUCUCGGUGAUUUAAUGGAGAAAGCGGAUUUGUUGGAGAAGUUUGAGGAUGAGGUCAUGCAGGGAGCAGAUGUGCGACAAUGGUUCUUGUUGGAAUUUGGAGAGCGGGUCAUGGCUGGUUCGGAGGAUAAUUGGGAACAUGCUGUUGCGUAUUGGCGUGCGGCUGGUGACACUGGCAUGGAACGUAUGGCUCAGGCUUUGCCACGGGUACCACUCACGUCGGAGAAGAAGGCUAUGAGGGUCGUGGAGGUAUGCACCGAGCUCGGUCUCGAUGCGGAAGCAGUGGAAGUUAGCACGAACUGGGCCAGAAUAUUGGAGAGUCAAGGCAAGGUUGGAGAAGCCUUGAAAGUAUUCGAUAAAGUCGAGAACGUGGCGCAUAUCGACCGUAUCGCAUGGAUGCUGUUUGAGAAAGCGUUGUUGCAGGGGAAGAGACCAUCACCAACCCAAGACCCGAUACUCGAAGAUAUCUUGUCGGAACCUGGGAAGAACAGUCCCCAGCUCGCGACGUUGAUCGCGCCAUAUGCGACGCUACACGCGUACUACCAAUAUCUACGCGAAGGUCAAGACGGACGAAUUGGAGCUGCGGCACAUUUGACGAGUAUCCUCCGCGCGCCAGAGACACCUCGACACUACCUCCCCCUCCUGAUCGCGGAACUAUUACCGUUGUUGGAUACCACCCUACCCAGAUGUUUCGCCUUGAGGGAUUUAUUCGAGGUCGCAGCGGUCGUGGAGGAGUAUUUUGAUGUCUCUACGCAGAAUGAGACGAGGGAGGAGGGUGUGCGGUUGUUGCAGGAGGCGCUGGAUAAUGCGAGAGCUGCCGUAGGUAAGAGAGGAUGGGAGAGUGGGGAUUGGAGAGGGGGAGUUGCGGGGGGGAUGAGGAAGGCGGAGGAUGUUGUUGCGUUGGUUAGGAUGCAGAUUGUUAGGACGGUUGGGAGGGGGUGGGUUGAUGGUGAGGAGGGUGUGUAGGGGAGGGUAGGGAGGGAAUGGGGGUUGUCUUGCUGUGCGGGACGGAGAUGAUCAUAGAGGCUAGCGACAUUUGGGAUUGGAUUCUAGUAUUUUCGUAUUCGAAUACAAUAAUAGAGAGGGAUAUCUUCAUAUCCUGCCUUGGUUCAGGGUUGUUGCAAAUGGCAAUGUCGAGGAUAGUUGUAAGAGAUUGGCCAAGG